UGUUGUCAAAAUUGUGACCAGGAACGUUAACGUUCCGUAACGUUAACGUUCCACAAGUUCCAAUGUAUGCUUGGUUGCAUUGAUUUAGCAUUUGUGACAUGAGAGGCAAAAGUCCUGAAAAUACUGCAAAUCUAUAUUGUAGAUCUACUCAAUAUACUGCAGUUAGAUCACACAACUUGGUUGAUUCAUUUUAUAAAGCUUUGUUUCACACCUCUAGGAAACGUAGCUCUUCAGUAACCUCAGUGAGCGAAAAACGCAGUUCAGGUCCAGUUUUGGAUAUUUUUACUGGUCUCGUUGAUCGUUAACAAUACAUCGUUCCAAAAUACAACAUAAGUUCCAGUUGGACACCACGUCAAUGAGCCUGUUGGCUUGCAGCGGAGCGGUUCUCCUGUUGGCUAGCAGGAAGAUAUUGAACAAGAAACGGGUGACUAGCUGUUCUAUGCAGCUCUCAGUGUGUGUGCCUGCUGUGUGCCGCUGCUAGGGUGUCGCUUCAAUGAAGAAAUGCGACACCCUGGUGUUCCGUCAACUUUUGUCCCAAGCUGUACAAAUAUUGAUGCAUAGACGGUGUGAAGAAAGCAAUAGCAGCAGGGCAGUUUUCAGAAGCAGCUUUGCAACCAGAUUCCAAGAGCGUGCCAAGCAGCAGGACGUACACCCAGCCAGAGUAUUUCUGUUGAAUACAUGUUUAAGGACCUUCACACAUACAUCAUUUACUCAUGAAGGCAGCAUUGUCAUGUGACAACACAUGACAGUCCAUUAAUGCUUUGAACAUGCAUUGAGCUUUAUGCCUCUGGUUGGGCGUGAAACAAUGAAUCUUUCAGCGAGCAUACCAUUUUCCAAAUUGCAAAACAUUAGAAACAGUUUAUCAACAUGGCUCAUGUCUUGUGCCAUCUCCACCUGAUGGAGAGGAUUACCAGGCUUGUAUCCAUGAAUCGGUCUUAACAAUAACCCCUUUUUCACCAUACGCCAAAAAACCCUUAAGCUCGCUGACAAUGUUCUUAGGCUGGGGCCACAUCCCAGGGGUCAUCUGUAUGGUUUCUGUGCAUUAUGCUCCAUGAAAAUAUCUGGUGGAAACAUCAUAUUCACUUUGUGAAAAGGAGAACUACGUCUGGUGUCUUCACACUUGCUAAGCUCAGGUGCUGUUAACGUUCUGUGUGCUACGCCCUUAUCCACUCACGUAUCACUUAUGGCCUCACAUAUACCUCCAACACCCUCUCCUUACCCAGAAGCGGGCACUGCAGAUUAUUCUCUCUUAGAUCCUGAUGAGUCUGUCUCAUUUGCUUUUCCCCUUAUCCGCAUCCUCGAUGUACACCAGCUUGUGAAAUAUAAAGUAGCUCAGGGUAUGUACAAGCUAUUUUACACACUUUCUAGUGAACUUCAGUUAGCCAUACACAAUUAUGCCACACCCUACUCUCAGGCAUGAGCACAAUUAAUUCUGGUUUCUUGUUCCUUUGCGCGCGGAACGUGCGGGUUGACGCCCCGAGGUUGUGGGAACGUAGGUUUCCACAACUGGCGCCCAACGUUUGGGGUUCGAGCUCGUUUGUUCUGUGGCGGGGAACACGCGGCACUGUUUGUAGUUUUUGAGUAGUUUAUUGUAUUUAUUGCUGUUGUUUUUUUGCGUGUGUGUUUUUGUGUUUGUUUUUGAGUUUUUCAGCUCCCACUCGGUGGACGAGCCCUCGGAGCUGAUGGCUGACUAGGCGAAGGUGCCCACGCCGCAGUCAGACGCCAUCGCAACGGUAGAACUCCUGUCACGCAUGACGGAGUUGUGCUCGUUGGUGGUUCAACGCCUGGAUGCCGGGUCGGUUUCGCCGCCCCAGGCACAAGCGCCUCCACGACUCAACUAACCGCUGCCUACCUUCUCAGGUUACACCGAUAAGAAGUCUGUUGCCGAUUUACUGGAUGACCUCACCGCCUAUCAGACGGGAUCUGUACAGCAGAGCGGAUCCCACUGCUACGGAAGAGCAGCGCGUCGCACGGUCUAUCCGUCAGUGCCACCCGCGCUUCCGGCCCUACUUAAGAGCCCAUCGCUUUAAAACCCUUGAGGCGUUGGCCCAGGAGGCUCGUUCAAUACAAGGCGACCUCCUCGCAGAGCUCGAAUACCGGCCCCCUCCGCCCCCGGAGCUAGCGUUGGAACCGCGCUGCGCGUGGUCGGGAGGAGCCGCCUCGGUCGAACGCCUGCAUGCAACAGGUUUGUGUGACAACCCCCGUAAUUCAUACAAUGCGGAGUCAUCCCACCGAGCCCUAGAUCCCUUCCUCUAUGACCAGAGGACGAUCCCCGCACGGGAGCUACGCUUUCCCUUAUCGGGGACAGUGUUUACGAACAUUGGGUAUCACGGCAUGUGGAAUUGCAAUCCACAGAUGUCACUCUUCGUCUUGCUUCCAAUGACGCCGUUCCAGCACAGGCUGCAGUUGUGAUCUGGGUGCGUUUGGAUGGGAGACGACGAAAGCAGCGCUUCGUGCACCUUCCUGGCCUGGCAGUUCCUGUUAUCCUCGGCAGAGACUUGGACUAUCCAGCAGAAGUUGGUGCUGAACCUGCCCAAUGGAGGAUACGUGUACCACGGCUCGUCGGGAUUUUUCCGCUUCGCCGCAGCACUGGAACACUGCACAGCACAGGAAGCUGUGGCAGCGUCCGUUGAAACGUCUGGGCUGCCGACUGUCUUGGGGUCAUUCCAUGGUCCCGAGGAGCAACGCCGUCAGCUUGAACAAGUACUGUGGCAGUUUGACGGAAUCUUUACCGAAAAACCUGAUGCAACGUCUUCCGCAGUCAGCACCAAGGCGUCGGACAUGGGAUACCUCGGGUUCCCGCGCUUCCUCUGGCCCUCCGGCCUUUCGCUUCCGCCGUCGCGAAGGCUCGGCUCGUGCUCCCCGUCCUCAGGACCAGCCUUCGCGGACUCAUCCUCAACAGCACUCCAUCACCACCUGGACGGUGAUGGCAAAUGGCCAACCCAUCUCCUGGGCUUCACGUUCCCGCUGGCAAAGCCAGCCUUGACCACUCAGAGGCGACGACCUCUCCAAGACACCAACCCCGUUCAAAGGUCUGACGCUGUCGGAGCGCCACCCGUCGGACCCCCUGCAACCUCUAACGCAGGAAGAGAGACGGCUGUUAUGUCCACUUUGCCUGGUUGCGAAACUUCACAGAAACACGCACCGCCGAGGCUCCCUCCACGCAGCUCGCACCGAAGCGGCGCGUACUGCCACAGAUGUAGGCGCCGCCCUAGCGACGCUCAGACGACUGGGAUCGGAUCUCCUCACCGAGUCCAGAACCAUGAAGACCAGUCAACCCAGUCCUGCUUUCAGCGGCGCCUCCGUCGGACAGAAAGUUGUGCCCCAAGCUUCAGAGGACGCUAUCCUCGUCGCUUCCGACGACCUGAUGGACUUUUAAGGAGGGGGAGUUGUGGCGUGGUUCCGCAGCGGAAGACUGGAUGGCAGCACCGGUGGGAACCGGUUGUGAUCAGAGGGCGUUUCCGUUCGGGAUACAGCAUAAAAUGCGGUGCAGGAGGGAAAGACGGAGGUUGGUGGCAUGAUUGUCGGCUGGACCGUUGACUCUCUUUUCCCUUGUCGAUAAACCUGGUAUGAUGCAUUGAA